AUGGCUGACGAGGCAAACCAGCCUCUGCUAGAUGCGCAGUUUGGCUCCGAGAGAGCAUCCGCAUCAUAUCAAUUAUCGACAGACUCAUCGCAUGAGUUUCACAGCUCUGAAUAUAAAUCGGAUGGUUGGGCUGCGAUGUCGGAUGCGACCGACCAGGCUCUGUUGGAUGAACAGUCUAACCUUACUGAACGGUCUCUGGGGCAGAACAUAUCACAAUCUCAUUCAGGUUGGGCUGCGAUGUCGGAUGCGACCGACCAGGCUCUGUUGGAUGAACAGUCUAACCUUACUGAACGGUCUCUAGAGCAGAAAACAUCACAAUCUCAUUCAGGUUGGGUUGUGAUGUCGGAUGCGACCGACCAGGCUCCGUUGGAUGAACAGUCUAGCCUUACUGAACGGUCUCUGGGGCAGAAAACAUCACAAUCUCAUUCAGGUUGGGCUGUGAUGUCGGAUGCGACCGACCAGGCUCCGUUGGAUGAACAGUCUAGCCUUACUGAACGGUCUCUGGGGCAGAAAACAUCAAAAUCUCAUUCAGGUUGGGCUGUGAUGUCGGAUGCGACCGACCAGGCUCUGUUGGAUGAACAGUCUAACCUUACUGAACGGCCUCUGGAGCAGAAAACAUCACAAUCUCAUUCAGGUUGGGCUGUGAUGUCGGAUGCGACGAACCAGGCUCUGUUGGAUGAACAGUCUAGCCUUCCUGAACGGUCUCUGGAGAGAAUAUCCGUCGACCAGCCUAGGCCAUCAUAUGAAUUGUCAUCAGAAUCAACACCUUUAUUACACCGCCGUGAAGAUGGAUUGACCUACGGGACCGAGCAAGGAUUGUCGCGAUCAUCUUCGUUCGCAUCACAAAACCCGCCCGAGGAUGGCGUCAACAAGAAGCGGAGCCGUGUACCAUGGCCGACGGUUAUCUCUCUCUCUGUUUUAACGCUGAGUGUUUUGACGAUAUUGGUACUUGCCUUUGCUGCCCCGGCGGCAGUUCAAGAAUAUGCCCAAGAAUCCGCUGUCUUCAAACCGACGGCAGUAUCAAUUGAUUCCACAACAUCCAACGGUGUUCGAGCUCGGAUUCAGGGCGAUUUCGUGAUGGACUCGGGCCGCGUUAAGAAUAAGUCAGUCCGAGGCAUUGGUCGAUUGGCCACGUGGAUUGCCAGGGAGGUUGAGACGGGCCCAUCGAAUGUUGAAGUUUAUCUCCCAGAGUAUGGGAAUGUGCUUGUUGGAAAUGCAACAUUGCCCUCCAUCAAAGUGAACAUCCGUAAUGGCCAUCAUACCAAUGUCGACUUCCUCACUGAUCUAGAGGCUGGUGACAUUCGAGGAAUCCACGCGGUAGCUAUUGAUUGGAUUGAGGGAAGAUUGGGCCGCCUUAAUGUCAAGGGCAAGGCAACAUUGCAGCUCAAGUCAGGAUUGUUCGCUUUAGGAACUAAAGUUCUGACUGACAAUAUUAUCAUUGAAGAACAUGAUUUCCCUGCUCUGCCAACGAUCAAUAUCCUCAAGCUGAAUGUGCAUGACGCAAACAGUGGUGCCAUGGCAGUGGAUGUCUUAAUUUCGUCUUUGAUUGAUUCUCCCGUCGCUCUCACUGUUCCUGCCCUCGGCUUUGACAUUCUGGUGCCAAACUGUUCACCCGGGGAUCCUUAUAUUCUGGUCGCCGAUGCGAAGACAAGCGCGGUUGAUGUUUACCCUGGCCAGGAGACUGCAGUCGGCAUUGAUGGUCUCAUCCAACAGCUACCCGAUGCAUUGACCUCUACCUGCCCAGGAAAGGAGGGUUCUCCUCUAGAUCUUUUGGUUUCGAGCCUUAUGCAAGGUCUCGAAACGACUAUCUACGUUCGUGGAUCGGAUGCACCAUUGCCCGAUACCCCAGCAUGGAUUGUCGAUCUACUGCGCAGCGUGACUGUACCUCUUCCGUUUACGGGACAUGCGUUGGACAACCUCGUGAAGAACUUCACGAUGUCCGAUACACAUUUCUCCCUUCCUAACCCUUUCGCGGAGCCAGAUUCCCCGGACUCGCAACCAACAGUGUCUGCUCUAGUGAAGGUUCUCAUCGCUUUGCCAGAGGAGAUGAAUUUCUCAGUAGAAGUCCCGCAAGUUCGUGCCCUUGCAGAUGUCUACUACAAAGAAGAGAAGUUCGGCGUGUUGAAUAUCAGCCACUGGCAAGACGCCAACUCCACAUUGGUGGAUGAUCAAGAUGGAUCUUCUGCACUCCUUGUGGAGUUCGCACUCAAGGAAGCACCAUUACAAGUCACAGAUGACGGGCUUUUGGCAGAGGUCAUCCAAUCAAUGCUUUUCGGCAGCGAAACAGUGGUACUGCGGGUCGCUGCCACCGUAGACACAAAGGUCUCAACUGGCUUGGGUCGCUUCGCCGUGCGAGGACUCCCUGCGGAAGGGAAGGUACCCGUGAAGAUACAAAUCAAGAUUAUUUCGGCCAUUGACCAUGUCAUAGCUUCCAUCGGGAAUUCACUUGACCGAAUCAAUCCACGCAUCGUCUCAUUAAAACUAGGAAACACGACUAAAUCCUCUAUGAUGGUAUCUACGCAGGCGAAUUUUACCAAUCCAACGAAUUACUCGGCCACAGUCCCCUUCGUUGACCUCCUCAUACUCUACAAUGACACUGCUGUGGCCCACAUCACCGCUCAGAAUAUCUCCGUUGGGCCUGGCAACAACAGUUACGUGCCUAUCGACUUCUUUUGGUGUCCGUUGGACGCAGCUGGAGUAGAUGGCGUCGAGGCAGGGCGGGCAUUGUUUUCAUCCUAUAUAUCAGGCUUGAAUACAUCGAUCACCAUCAAAAGCCAUCGAAACACGAUUCCAUCUCUACCCGGCCUAGGUGAAGCAUUAUCCGUCCUCAACAUUACUGUUCCUGUCCCUCGCAUAUCUACUCCGGGUUCACCGGGAAGCGAUGAUGGGGAUCAAAAGCCUCGUUUUAUCCAUGAUGCAACGUUCUACCUCUGGUCCUCGACAGCAGAAUUCAUCCUCUCCUCGCCCCUGACAGAAAACAAUAUCUCAAUCACCUCGAUUGACGCAACGGCUUUCUAUGAGAAAAAUGAGCCAAUCGGCCGAAUCAAUCAUCGUGAACCCUUCGAAGUGCCGCCUGGUAUAUCCAGGAGUCCACGCUUGCCAGUCGAUCUCGAUAUGGGCGGGGUUGGGUACGACGCUCUGCGUAAGGCACUCGGUCAGUCGUUGGAGAUGGAUGCUGUCGCUAAGGUUGGAGUUCUAAUUGGGAACUAUACGGAUGUCAUUCUCUACCAUAGUAAGGGCAUUGCGGCUAAAGUGAGGAUUUAG